AUGGAACAUUUCACGAAGGACUUCAAAGUGGGAAAGUGUGAAGGGCAAAAGGUGGUGGAUGGAGAAACCAUGCCACUGGUGCUGCAGCCUCCAGAGCCCAACAACAGCAAUGAUGUGAAGAGCCUUGUGUUGGCUCUGAAGAAGAACAAGGACUGGUUUGAGCAGAUGCUGAUCAAGAACAGCGCUGUGCUGCUUAGAGGUUUCAAUGUGCAGAAUGCAGAGGAGUUUAAUGAUAUCAUUGAAACAUUCGGGUGGGAUGAUAUUCGAUACGUAGGGCCGGCGCCAAGAACACAUGUGCACAAGCGAGUAUGGACUGCCAAUGAAGGACCUCUUUCAGAAUUCAUAUACUAUCACCAUGAGAUGGUCUUGAUCAAGGAAUAUCCGAAAAAAUUGAUCCUAUUCUGUGAGACACCUCCACCAGAAGGCGGAGAAACACCCUUUGUUCCGAGCUUCCGGGUAACGGAAAGGAUGCUGAAGGAGUUCCCAGAAACGGUAGAAGAAAUGGACGCAAAUGGGUUGAAGUACACUUUCACAGCUCUCAGUAAGAACAGUACGGGUUCCAUGAGGGGUAGGGGCUGGGAGGAUACUUUUGGCACAUCGGACCGUGCAGAAGCUGAGAAAAGGGCUAAUGCUUUAGGCAUGGACGUUGAGUGGCUACCAGAUGGAGCAAUCAAGACAAUAUUGGGGCCAAGGUCGCUGACGAAGGUGUUUGAUGGAAGAAAAGAAAGGAGAAUGUGGUUUAACACGGUGGUCGGCAUGCAUGGGAAGGAGCUCAGCUCUGCCUUCAUGGCCGAUGGAACCGAGAUUCCGGCAAAUGUGGUGAAUAGAUGUGAACAGAUUAUUGAAGAAGAAAGCAUCCAAUUUAAGUGGGAGAAGGGUGAUGUUCUCUUCUUCGAUAACUUGGCUUUGCUCCAUGGAAGAAGGCCUUCUCUUCCUCCCAGGAGAGUCUUGGUAGCCACAUGCAAGUAG